AAGUUUCAUGCUACAUAUAACUAUGCCAGCCCAGAAACACUCCUCAAAAGAAGAGCAUUAAUAGUCAAAUUUCACAAGAGAAAAAGUCCACAAUAUUAUUGUACCAACACCACCCUAUUCAUUCCUAUAAAAAUGGUUCAACUCUCAUCAUAAUCAUCAUCCAUAGAUAAAAAAAAUGGCAGCUACAAAGGAGAAAAAAAGUGUUGCCAUAAUCUUUGGUGUCACUGGACUUGUUGGGAGAGAGUUAGCUAAGAAGCUAAUUUUCCAAUCUUGUUGGAAAGUUUAUGGUAUAGCUAGAAAUCAAGAGACACUAGUUUCAAACACCCUUUUGAGUCCUCAUUACAAUUUCAUUUCUUGUGAUUUGCUUAACCCUUUAGAGACUCAAAAAAAGUUAUCUUUAUUACAAGAUGUUACUCAUGUGUUUUGGGUGACAUGGGCUAGUCAAUUUCCACUAGACACACAAGAAAGUUGUGACCAAAACAAAGCCAUGAUGUCAAAUGCUUUGGAUUCUUUGCUCUCAAAUGCAAAGAAUCUAAAACAUGUUUCACUUCAAACAGGUACAAAGCACUAUGUAUCACUUCAAGUUCAAGCCCCUUUUGAUGAAAAGAAGAAAUUGUACUAUUACAAUGAAGAGUUUCCAAGGAUGAGUAAGAGCCAUAAUUUCUACUAUGCAUUAGAGGAUUUGCUUAUGGAGAAAUUGAAUGGUAAGGUUUAUUGGUCAGUGCAUAGGCCUGGUUUAUUAUUUGGAAAUUCAAUUAGGUCAUUUUAUAAUUUUAUGGGAAGUUUAUGUGUUUAUGGGUCUAUUUGUAAGAAAUUGAAUCUCCCUUUUGUGUUUGGUGGAACAAAAAAGUGUUGGGAGGAGCCUUACAUUGAUGGUUCAGAUGCUAGGCUCGUAGCUGAUCAGCAUAUUUGGUCAGCUACGAAAUGUGUUAUAGUUUCUACUAAUGGGGAAGCUUUUAAUUCAAUCAAUGGCCCAAGUUUCACUUGGAAAGAAAUUUGGCCAAUUGUUGGAAAAAAAUUAGGGGUCAUUAUAGUUCCUCAAGAAAUGUUUGAUGAAAAUUUUUGCUAUUCAAAAGCUAUGAUUGAGAAGGAACAAGUUUGGGAAAAGAUUGUGGAAGAAAAUGGGUUGGUGAAAACAAAAGUUGAAAAUUUGGCUAAUUGGGAAUUUUUAGAUGCUUUAUUUAGAUUCCCUUUUAAGCUUAUGGGGAGUAGAGAUAAAGUUGAUGAGUAUGGUUUUGGUGUAAGGUAUAAGACAUUGAAUUCAAUAUUGUAUUGGAUUGAUUGUAUGAGAGAUGAGAAGGUGAUUCCUUAAUUUGAAGUGUUUUGGUGUUAGAAAUUUAUGGAGCACCACAAAAUGGGGUUUUUUCUUAAAGAAAUUAGUGGCAGUGUGAUGUGUGCAUGUGGUUGUUAAAUUUUCCCUUUAUUGUUGCUUUGUUUAUAAGCUUAUAUAUAGAUGGAAUCAUCUUAUUUAAUUUAAUAACUAGUAACAAACCCGUGCAUACGCACGGGUUCUGUUCGAUUACGCGA